AUGACUAGUUUAAGGCGGUGUAAUUCUCCAGGGACCUAUUUUGAUGACUGGGAUGGUCUGUUGCCCACCUUCAGUGAGAACCGAACAGGACUGAAGAGGACUGGAGUUCCAUACAGAAUAACAGCGGUUAAACUUAGACACCAAGAGAGUCGUGACAAGGAAGACGCCCCCCAUCCCCCACCCCCCCAGACUUCCAAGGCAGACACGCAGGAGAAAGAAGGUAUUCUCCCUGAGAGAGCUGAGGAGGCAAAGCUAAAGGCCAAAUAUCCAAGCCUAGGACAAAAGCCUGGAGGCUCCGACUUCCUCAUGAAGAGACUCCAGAAAGGGCAAAAGUACUUUGACUCAGGAGACUACAACAUGGCCAAAGCCAAGAUGAAGAAUAAGCAGCUGCCAAGUGCAGGACCAGACAAGAACCUGGUGACCGGUGACCACAUCCCCACUCCACAGGAUCUGCCACAGAGAAAGUCUUCGCUCGUCACCAGCAAGCUUGCGGGUGGCCAAGUUGAAUGAUGCUGCCCGGGGCUCCGCCAGAUCCUGAGACGCUGCCCCCCUGGGUCCUGUGCUGGCUCCUGCCCCUCCCUGCUUUUGCAGCCAGGGGUCAGGAGGUGGCUCGGGCGCGGGCUGGAGAGGCAGAAGCCCCUGCCCGUCGGUGUCCCAGCGCAUGGAGCCCCUUGGGCUGAGCACCAAGACCUUGAACCUUUUUUGUUUUACCUUUUUUCCACAUAACUGUUGGGAGAAAUCUCAGUGAAAUCCUUGGGGUUGGGGUCGGGGCUGGGAGGGUUGUUUGAGAGGGUGGGUGGGAAAUUUAGGGGAAUAUGAACUAGGGCUUGGAGCUGAUAACAUUCCUGACUCUCCUUCUUAACCAUGUGGCUGGUGUGGGGUGGGUGUGAGGGGACAGAGAUAGAGUGAACUAAAGAUGUGGAUUUCUAAUUUAGCUCUGUAGAAAAAUGCUGUGUUUGCUGGGAUGUGGCUGCAGGACCAGGUGUCAGGUAAAAGAAACUGUCCAUCUAAAUAUGACACAUGCAUAUAGCUCCUCUGGUCCUUCAGAGCAAGCUGAGAAUGCGAUUAAUGUUCAUUGUUCAUUUUAAAAAAUGUCCUUGAAACAGAUUUACUGUGGGGAGAAGGGCAGUGAGUAUGGGGGAAAGGGGGCUGUGAGUGUGGGGAGCCCCACAGAGCCCAGGGGACUUUUUCAAUAUUUGAAAUAAAAAAAAAAAAAAAAAAAGACCCACAAAAAAACCCAACCCAGAAAUACUCUGAAGCAACUGGUGUGUUUUAUUGGGGUUUGGGAAAAGGGAAGAAAAGGUUGAAGACACCAUUCAGGGGAGAAGCUGGUGUGGGGCCCUAAGCUUGUAAGGAACAGCAGUCCUUAACGUAGGAUGUGUCUGGGCGCUCCCCUUCAUCACCCAGGGAGAGGGAGCAAGAUGCUGGCGAAUAGACCAGGGCUUUUCCUCACUCAUGCCCAUCCCUGUGUACCUGUAGCUAAUGUAGUUGCAUCGACCUCAGGCUUUGUUCACAAAAUGGAGAGUUUGAGGAUGUUUGAUCUAAAUGAUUUAUUGACACCUAAAGCUUAGUCCAGGCUAAUGAAAAAAAGGAAGCGCACCCUUCCUUUCCCUUUCAGUCUUGUAUUUCUUCACAAAUUCUGGUUUGUGAAGGAGAAAUGUGACCUCUAGUAAUAAGCCAAAAGGAGCUCAAGCCCUUCUGCUUGUGGCCAGCAGGAGGCAGCGUGACUUCUUUCCUCAUGGUGUCUGAACCAUCUCUGCGAUCCUGCCACUGAAAGAAGCUAGAAAGGACUUGUGAAUGUAAUAUACAAAAGAAACUGUUACCAAAGGAGAAACAAACUCAAACUUGUCUUCCUGGCCCCACCACAUUCACAUGUGGUAAACUGAAACUACUUGCCCAUCUUGCCAAGUUUGAUUAGGAGAGUUUAUCAUGGUAUUUUCCCAAAUAUGAUUGGCUUUUCAAAUAAGUACACAAAUAAGUACUCAAGAUAAGGUUGAGGAGACAGACAUUUUAGAGAAAUUUCCAUCUUAUUAAGAAACGUACUUAUAAACUGGAGAAGAAAUGUUCUGGGUAUCUUAAUUCAAUCUUCCUAAUCAGAAGCUUUCUCAAUAAGCUUUCAACUACUUAGGGUUUUCCUCAUUGCUCUUUUCAGAUUUAACCAGGGGACUGUGAUGCCUCUUAACCAUUUGCCUUUCAAUGUCUUGUUUCAGUGUCUUGAACAGUAUGCUAGACAUUGAGAGAGCCAGGUGGUAGGAAGAUAUAUUAAGGAAAGGCAUUCCCUACCUUUGUGGGGAGAAUUGUGUAGCUGGAAGAAAAUUUAUGAAAAAGUUCAUAUUCUUCAAAAGGUAGAAACUCAAAGCUAGGAUAUAUCAUAUACAGAGUGCGUCAAAAGUAAAUUUAUAGCUGUUCACAUGGAAAAUAAUAAAAGAAUAACUGAUGUGCUUUGCAUAUUCACAACUGUAAACCUUUUUGUCCCACUCUGUAUAUCCCAAACCAAUCCCUUGACUUCUCUUUGAGUGCCGAACCUAGUUUAUGUUUGCCAGGUGCAUAAAGCUGGGAAAUGAGAUCAGAAAGGCUAAGUGUGGGGUCAUUCAGUUAGUGCAAUUUCAUUUUAAUACAGGUAAGAAAGUUGAGGUAUAGAAAUAAGUUACUUAUAAGGUGGCAAAGCUAGCUUACUGAAGAGUUUGAGUUAGUAUCUAGGCUUCUAUAAGAUUUUUUCCAUUAUUCCUAGCUUCCCUGGUCCAUAGUUUUAAGCUGUAGCCUUAGGAAUCCUGGGGUGCCAAGAUAUGUUUGGUCUAUCUCUACUUCAGUUUAAACUUGCCAUUCCCUCUUUUUUGCUCUCUUACUAUAGGGCUAGGCAGCCAGGGAAGACCAAUUCUGCAGUGCUUCAAAUAGCUAUUCCUGCCGCUGUUUUAGCUAGGUGUUUUCUAAAAUCUUUACUCCAAAUUGUGGACUGAGGGUUCUUCCACUCCUCCAACUUGUUUGAAUGAUGGUUGUGCUGACAGGCCUCAGCCAUCUGAUGUGCAGAAUGUCAGAGAUGAAGUCACCAUUAUUGUCCAGCAGCAUUUAUUUUAAGCUGAUGUGGCCUGGGCAUAGAGAAUGCAGGCAAAAUUAAAAUAACUCAGAGUUGCCAUGGAGGAGAUCUGCAGUGAGCCAGUGGCACCCGGAGAAGCAGCCCUCGUGUGUAUAUUGCCCUCUGCUGGGACUUGGGGGAGGUUAGCAAAGGGAAGAUUUCUUUCCCCCCCACCCCCCCAGAUUUUAUUUAUUUUUAGAGAGAGGGGAAAUAAGGGAGAAAGAAAAGGGAAAGAAACAUCAAUGUGUAGUUGCCUUUCGCAUGCCCCUUACUGGGGACCUGGCCCACAAACCAGGCAUGUGCCCUGACUGGGAAUCGUACCAGCAACACUGGUUUGUAGGCUGGUGCUCAAUCCACUGAGCCACAGCCAGGGCAGAAGGGAAGAUUUCUUCCCUUCAGAAGCUAAGACAUGACAAUGGCAUAUAAAUAAAAGCAAAUUAAUGUAGUUCCAAGCAAAAUUUCCAGAGCUAAGAGAAGGGGUCAGGAGAUGGGUUGGAAGCUGAAUUUUCUUAGAUGUGAAUGACUUACUAAUAAACACAGGGUGAGGGGCGCUUUUCCUCUCAGGAGCACACCUUUCCUCUCAGGUGUGCAUCUUUUCUCUCCUAAACUCUAAGGGUCCCCAUGAGACUUGCAACUAAAGGAACAAUGGGCAGCACAGCUUGUCUCUGGCUUACCCCCCUGAACCUUUUGCCAAGGCCCCCUUUCCUCUGACUUUUCAAUAAGCCAACAGCGGCCUUGCCUUGGCUCUCUCUUGCUGCUUCUCACCUAAGCCCUUCCUUAUUCCACUGUCCCCAGUUUUAAUAAAUGUACUCU